AUGUCUGAUUCAGAAAUCGAUCUUCCAAAGGAUGCUGCUGCUUAUCUUAAGAAAUUGCAGGAGAGACCACUUGUGAUCCCUGAAAUUGAUUUCACUGUUUACGAAAUUGGUGAUGGUAAUAGGGUUUCUACCCUGGAACGAUAUUGCAAAGACGUUCAAGCUCCCGCUGUUCAAAAACCAACACCUGAAGAAUUCUUUUCAGAAGCAGAUCCUUCCAAACCCGAUAUCGCAUUUUUGAAGAAUCAUUUUUAUCGUGAAGGAAGAAUCACAGAAGAACAAGCUUUGUUUAUCAUUAACAAAGGGACUGAAAUAUUAAAGCAAGAACCAAAUUUACUAGAAGUUGAUGCUCCAAUAACCGUCUGUGGUGAUAUUCAUGGUCAAUACUAUGAUUUGAUGAAAUUAUUUGAAGUUGGCGGUAAUCCUGCCGAAACACGCUACCUCUUCCUCGGUGAUUAUGUUGAUAGAGGUUAUUUUUCCAUCGAGGUAUAUGAGGCAUGCAUGGAAUCAUUUUGCGCUCUUCCGCUCGCCGCCAUAAUGAAUAAACAAUUUCUUUGUAUUCAUGGUGGUUUAUCACCAGAUUUGGUUACUUUAGAUGAUUUGCGUUCUAUUAAUAGAUUUAGAGAACCUCCAACAAAUGGGUUAAUGUGUGACUUAUUGUGGGCUGAUCCAUUAGAAGAAUUUGGACAAGAAAAAACAAAUGAAGGUUUUAUACAUAAUCAUGUUAGAGGAUGUUCUUAUUUCUUUAGUUAUCUGGCAGCCUGCAACUUUUUAGAAAAAAACGGAUUAUUGUCUAUAAUCCGUGCUCAUGAAGCUCAAGAUGCGGGAUAUCGAAUGUACCGAAAAACGAAAUCUACCGGUUUUCCCUCUGUCAUGACAAUUUUUUCAGCUCCUAAUUAUUUAGAUGUAUAUAAUAAUAAAGCUGCCGUAUUGAAAUAUGAAAACAAUGUUAUGAACAUUCGUCAGUUUAAUUGUACACCUCAUCCAUAUUGGUUACCCAAUUUCAUGGAUGUUUUUACCUGGUCUCUACCUUUUGUUGGUGAAAAAAUCACAGACAUGUUGCUCGUCAUUUUAAAUAUUUGUAGUAAAGAAGAAUUAGAUGAUGAAGAUCUUAUAUCAGAGCCUAGAACUCCAGAACAACAGCAACCUGUUGCUACUACCGCCGCCGCCGCCGCUGCUGAUACUACUGAAAGACGUCAGGUUAUCAAAAAUAAAAUUUUAGCAGUUGGUAAAAUGGCCAGAGUUUUCUCAGUUCUAAGAGAGGAAUCCGAACGUGUAAUGGAAUUAAAGACCGUAACAGGUACUGGUAAAUUACCAUACGGUACAUUGGCUUUAGGUGCUGAGGGUAUUAAAAAAGCUAUAAAUUCAUUUGAAGAAGCGCGUCGAUCAGAUAUAGAAAAUGAACGAUUACCACCUACUCGAGAAGAGACAGAUGCAGCAGAACAAUUAAAAACACAAGCAGCAAUCGCUGCAGCUGUAGAAGAAGUUAAUAAUGAUCAAGAGCUUGCUGAAGUCGCGGAUGUAUUUGUUAAAGAAGAUGAGAAAAGAAGAAGUUUAAAAGAAAUAGUUUUUGCUAGUGCCUAG